UGCCGCGGCUCAUGAGCUUGGCUGUGUGUGUGUCCAGAAGGCACACGUGUGGGGCGAGACAACAGAGCCCGUCCAGGGGUGCUUUUUAGUAAGAACACUCACUUUUUUAAAUCCAAGGGGGAUUUCUUUCUGUUCACUCUUUUUGGGUUUGAACGUCGCCGGGGGAAGUGUUGAACCGAUCAUUCGCCGAGAUGGGUCGAGGAGAAGGAAGGGAGCAGUAUGAGCUGGCUGCCACCUCGGAGCAGUGCAGCAAGAAGAAGGCCAAGGGCAAGAAGAAGGAGAAGGAUAUGGACGAGCUCAAGAAGGAAGUGGACAUGGACGACCAUAAACUGACCCUGGACGAGCUAAACCGCAAAUAUGGAACAGACCUCAGCCGGGGUCUGACCAGUGCCAAGGCGGCGGAGCAUCUGGCCCGGGACGGCCCCAACGCCCUCACUCCCCCCCCCACCACCCCGGAGUGGGUAAAGUUCUGCAAACAGAUGUUUGGAGGGUUUUCCAUGCUGCUGUGGACCGGUGCUGUUCUGUGUUUCCUGGCGUACGGAAUACAGGCCGUCAUGGAGGACGAACCGGCCAACGACAACCUGUACCUGGGCGUGGUGCUCUCAGCUGUGGUCAUCAUCACCGGCUGCUUCUCCUACUACCAGGAGGCCAAGAGCUCCAAGAUCAUGGACUCCUUCAAGAACCUGGUGCCUCAGCAAGCCCUGGUGGUCCGUGACGGAGAGAAGAGCUGUAUCAACGCGGAGGAGGUGGUGGUGGGCGACCUGGUGGAGGUGAAGGGUGGAGACAGGAUCCCUGCUGACCUGCGAAUCAUCUCCGCCCACGGGUGCAAGGUGGACAACUCGUCUCUGACCGGAGAGUCUGAGCCGCAGUCCCGUACUCCGGACUUCUCCAACGACAACCCCCUGGAGACCAGGAAUAUUGCUUUCUUCUCAACCAACUGUGUUGAAGGUACGGCGCGCGGUGUGGUGAUCAGCACGGGCGACCGCACGGUCAUGGGCCGCAUCGCCACACUGGCCUCUGGCUUGGAGGUCGGGCGCACUCCCAUCUCUAUCGAGAUCGAGCACUUCAUCCACAUCAUCACGGGCGUGGCCGUGUUCCUGGGCAUGUCCUUCUUCAUUCUCUCCCUCAUCCUCGGGUAUUCCUGGCUGGAGGCCGUCAUCUUCCUCAUCGGCAUCAUCGUGGCCAACGUUCCUGAGGGACUGCUGGCUACCGUCACCGUAUGCCUGACUCUGACCGCCAAGCGCAUGGCCAAGAAGAACUGCCUGGUGAAGAACCUUGAGGCUGUGGAGACCCUGGGCUCCACCUCCACCAUCUGCUCCGACAAGACUGGCACCCUGACCCAGAACCGGAUGACCGUGGCCCACAUGUGGUUCGACAACCAGAUCCACGAGGCGGACACCACCGAGAACCAGAGCGGCACCUCCUUCGACAAGAGCAGUGCCUCCUGGGGUGCGUUGGCGAGGAUCGCCGGGCUGUGCAACCGCGCGGUGUUCCUUGCGGAGCAGUCCAACGUGGCCAUCCUCAAGAGAGACGUGGCCGGAGAUGCCUCGGAGUCGGCCCUGCUGAAGUGUAUCGAACUGUGCUGCGGAUCGGUCAACGAGAUGAGGGACAAGAACCUUAAGAUCGCCGAGAUACCCUUCAACUCCACCAACAAGUACCAGCUCUCCAUCCAUCACAACGACACGCCGGGCGAGACCAGCCACCUGCUGGUGAUGAAGGGCGCCCCAGAGAGGAUCCUGGACCGCUGCUCCACCAUCCUGAUCCAGGGGAAGGAGGCUCCCCUCGAUGAGGAGAUGAAGGAGUCCUUUCAGAACGCCUACCUGGAACUGGGAGGACUGGGAGAGAGAGUGCUGGGCUUCUGCCACUACAACCUCCCAGACGAGCAGUUUCCAAAGGACUUCACCUUCGACACUGAGGAGGUGAACUUCCCCACGGACAACCUCUGCUUUGUGGGCAUCAUGUCCAUGAUCGACCCCCCUCGGGCCGCUGUCCCAGACGCCGUGGGCAAGUGCAGGAGCGCCGGCAUCAAGGUCAUCAUGGUGACUGGAGAUCACCCAAUCACAGCCAAGGCCAUUGCCAAGGGUGUCGGCAUCAUCUCUGAGGGCAACGAGACCGUGGAGGACAUCGCCGCUCGCCUGAACAUCCCAGUCAAUGAAGUGAACCCAAGGGACGCCAAGGCCUGUGUGGUCCACGGCGGAGACCUCAAGGACCUUAGCCCGGAGCAGCUAGACGACAUCCUCCGGUACCACACAGAGAUCGUGUUUGCCCGGACCUCACCCCAGCAGAAGCUCAUCAUCGUGGAGGGCUGCCAGAGACAGGGAGCCAUCGUCGCGGUAACGGGAGACGGAGUCAAUGACUCCCCGGCCUUGAAGAAGGCCGAUAUCGGAGUUGCCAUGGGGAUCGCCGGCUCGGACGUCUCCAAGCAGGCGGCCGACAUGAUCCUCCUGGACGACAACUUUGCCUCCAUCGUCACCGGGGUGGAAGAGGGUCGUCUAAUUUUUGACAAUCUCAAGAAGUCCAUCGCCUACACCCUGACCAGCAACAUCCCCGAGAUCACGCCCUUCCUCCUCUUCAUUAUCGCCAACAUCCCCCUGCCCCUGGGCACGGUCACCAUCCUCUGCAUUGACCUGGGAACAGACAUGGUUCCAGCCAUCUCCCUGGCCUACGAGGCGGCAGAGAGUGACAUCAUGAAGAGACAGCCCCGAAACCCCAAGACGGACAAACUGGUAAACGAGAGGCUCAUCAGCAUCGCCUACGGACAGAUAGGUAUGAUCCAAGCCCUGGCCGGGUUCUUCACCUACUUUGUGAUCCUGGCCGAGAACGGCUUCCUGCCGUCCACGCUGCUGGGGAUCCGGGUCUCCUGGGACAACCGCUACUGCAACGACCUGGAGGACAGCUAUGGACAGCAAUGGACGUACGAGCAGAGAAAGAUUGUAGAGUUUACCUGCCACACGGCCUUCUUCGCCAGCAUCGUUGUGGUUCAGUGGGCUGAUCUCAUCGUCUGCAAGACCAGGAGGAACUCCGUCUUCCAGCAGGGCAUGAAGAACAAGAUCCUGAUCUUCGGACUGUUCGAGGAGACUGCCCUGGCCGCCUUCCUGUCCUACUGCCCGGGGAUGGACGUAGCACUCAGGAUGUACCCCCUCAAGCCCAACUGGUGGUUCUGCGCGUUCCCCUACUCCCUGCUCAUCUUCAUCUACGACGAGAUCCGCAAGCUCAUCCUCCGACGCAGCCCAGGGGGUUGGGUGGAAAGAGAGACCUACUACUAAACACACACACACACACACACACACACACACACACACACACACACACACACACACACACACACACACACACACACACACACACACACACACACACACACACACACACACACACACACACACACCUUCCUCUCCAGUGUUGUGCAUGAAUGUUGUCUUGCUGCUCGGAUUUAAAAAAAAAUGUACCUCCGUGGGAAAAGAAACAACGAAAUUUAAAAAACUUGUUUUUAUAUUAGAGAAUGCUUGAUACUACUACAACUAGACAAAACAAACAAAGAGUUGGAAUGCCCCCGAAAGAUAUAAUAUUAUACAUGCCGAUGAACUUAUGAACAUAUGUCAUGACUGUGUGUGCCUUGUUACUGAAACAGGACCAAUUUUAUACAUGUUUUUAACUGUUUUAAAAAUCUUCAAAAUAAAAAGCUGUCAGAGUCUGGUCCCACUAAA